AUGGUGAGCGAUCGAAAGGUGGUUAAAGAGGAUAUGACGCUAGAACAGGAGUAUAAUAAGCUGGUUUCAAGGCGAGAUGAGUUGCAGAAGCAGGAAAUAACACUACGGAGGGAAUUUACUACUUUGCUGCGAAAAAUUGCUAGUAUUACAGCGGUUCUGGAGACAUUGGAGGAUAGAGAAAUCUUGGAACGCAAGUUACCCUCCAAGGAGACAAUUGCAAAGGUUCCGGAGUUGCAGUAUCUUGUGGAUUCGUUGCAGUCGUUAGAUGAGUUGCUUUUGGAACAGGUUCAGAUUCCUGAGAAGUUGAUGCAUUCGUAUGAACUAUUUAGAAACACUCCCCUACUGUACAAAGACAAUCCGAAUCAUGUAUGA